UCUUGAUAAAACAACUUUAGUUUUCUACGAUACACGCGUCUUUACGCAUCUCUUUUCCGCAAGUGUGUCCACCCCUAAAAUAUUAAAAAUUUAGUCCCUUAUAUAUCGUGGAUGGACCCCACUUUGUGGAUACAGAGACGUUACUAUUACUACAAAUUAUAAGUAUCCUGUUCGGAUACUACUCGGAUUAACAGCCACGAAAUGCAUCAGAUAAAUCCCGAUUUCUUGAAUGCUCAGUCCGGGAAUUCAGAAAAACCAUCUCUCGAAUCAUGCAUCAUGCGUUCAAGAAUAACACGAAAAGGAGAUGGCAAUGAUUAUAUUAUGACGCCUCGUCGAAACGAGUGUUCUACCUACGAGGAAGCGUAUAAGAAAUCAUUGGAGUCUCCGGAAGAAUUUUGGGGCGAGAUUGGCGGCUGUAUCGACUGGAGCAAACCUUGGCAGAAAGUCCUGGACAAUUCUAACAAGCCGUUUACGAAAUGGUUUGUCGGCGGAGAAUUGAACGCUUGUUACAACGCGUUGGAUCGCCACGUGCACGCCGGGAACGGGGAGAAAGCAGCCCUUAUUCACGACAGCCCCCAAACGUCGUCGAUACGCAAAGUGACGUACAACGAGCUCUUGGAGAAGACGUCUUUGUUGGCGGGCGCUUUAGCCGAGAUAGGUGUGCGUAAAGGAGACAGGGUGAUCAUCUACAUGCCGCUCAUCCCUGAGACCGUGAUCGCGAUUCUGGCCACUGCCAGACUGGGGGCGAUUCAUUCGGUAGUUUUCGGAGGAUUUGCAGCGAGCGAAUUGGCAUCUAGGAUUAAUCACGCCGAGCCAAAGGUUAUUAUUGCAGCGAGCUGCGGCUUGGAACCGUCCAAAGUGAUUAAAUAUACUACUAUGCUAAAUGCUGCCAUGGAUAUCAUUACUGCACCGAAGCCAAAGUGUGUCAUAUUUCAAAGAAGAAAUGUAUGGAAAGCGCCGUUGCUCAAGUUACAAUUCGACUGGGAUGAACUUAUAAAAAAGUCGAAACCUCAUCCGUGCGUAAUGGUUGAAGCUAACGAUCCAUUGUAUAUAUUGUACACAUCGGGAACUACAGGGCAACCGAAGGGAAUUAUAAGACCGGUCGGCGGUCAUUUGGUGGCGCUCUGUUGGACCAUGUCAGCGAUUUAUGGAAUGAAUAAAAAUAGUGUUUGGUGGACAGCCUCUGAUAUGGGGUGGGUUGUUGGACAUUCAUAUAUUUGCUAUGGUCCUCUCGUGUACGGCGCGACAAGCGUAAUGUACGAAGGAAAACCCGACAGGACACCGGAUGCUAGUCAAUAUUUCAGAAUCAUUGAGCAACAUGGCGUAAACGCAUUAUUUUGCGUGCCUACAGCUUUACGAGUUUUAAGGCGGGCGGAUCCGGAAACAUUAUUAGGAAAAGAAUAUUCGUUAAAAUCCUUAAAAAUUAUAUUUGUGGCUGGAGAGUUUUGCGAUUAUGAGACAAAAGCCUGGGCCGAGAAGGUAUUUAAGGUGCCAAUUUUAAAUCACUGGUGGCAGUCAGAGACCGGACAUCCCAUUACGUCACUAUGCACGGGAUACGGUCAUUGUCUUAGUUUGCCUAAAUUCAGUACGGGACCUCCAAUACCCGGAUAUGACAUUCACAUCUUGCGCGAAGAUGGAAGUAAAGCGUCACAAGACGAACUUGGACGAAUCGCGAUAAAGUUGCCGUUACCGCCUGGAUUUAUGUCGACCCUUUAUCGAACACCCGAAAGAUUUAAAGAAAUAUAUUUCUCGACAUUUCCGGGUUACUAUGACACUAUGGAUGCCGGCUACAUCGACGAGUUCGGUUAUGUUUACGUGACAGCGAGGGACGAUGACAUUAUAAAUGUUGCAGGUCACAGAAUAUCAACAGCUGCGCUGGAAGAUAUUAUCCUUGCUCAUCCCGAUAUUGUCGAAGCCAUAGUUGUCGGAGUACCGGAUCAUACGAAGGGAGAAGUACCGCUGUGUCUUUACAUUAAACGAGAUGACGCGAUAAGCAACGAGGAGGAGAUAAAUCAAGAGCUGAUUGCGCGAGUGAGAAGCAUGAUAGGCCCGAUCGCGUCUUUCCGGGUCGCCGCCGCCGUUACCGCGUUACCUAAAACGCGCUCGGGAAAAUUAAUCCGCAAAUCUGUUGCUACAUUGGCGCGAUCGAAACCGUUCAAGAUUCCAAGCACGAUCGAAGAUCCAACAGUAUUCCGCGAAAUGAAGGAGAUACUUCAAAAGCUUGGAUACACGAAACUGGCCUCGGAUCCACAAUAAUAUCAUUUCGAAAGAAUUCUUACACAAGAAAAUUUUAACGGCGCUGUUUAAAAGAAAAUAACUAUGGCGGUCAACUUCAUAGAAAUAGAACGCAUCGUGAUUGUGUGCAAUGUUCACUCGUCAAGUUUGUUCUUUCUAAUUGCGCUAUGUUGUUGUUAUAAUAAUUAAUAUUAAUUAUUUUGUAGUAGCGAAAAGAGAUUAUCUUAAAUGCACAGUUGUACAGAAGUUAAGAAAUUUUUUUUCCUUGGAUACUGGUUUAAAAAGUAUUUGUGAAAUACAUAUUAAUAUGUCACAUUGCUUUCUUGUAUAUAUUCGUGUCUUAUUAUACAUCUGUGUGAGGGAUCAGGAAUUUUAAUAAGUUAAAAAUAAUGAAGAUUAUAUAUUUUUCUCUCAUUUAAAUUAGAAAAUAUUGAGAAAUGAAAUAAACACGGACGUAUUCGUGCGUCUUGAAUAUCUGUAAAA